AUGAAUACUACUGCCUUAGUAGAUGAGCGCAGGGAAGGCCUGCAGCGCACAGAGAGAAACCAGAACUCAACUCAGCUCGUCUGCUGUGGCGUUAGGGAACACAGAGGAGCCUGCGGCACUGUGGAAACCAGACCCGGCUAUAAAACUGGAGACGGCUGCAACGCUGGAUACUUAGGCCCUUGGCAGCUGGAAACCCGUGUGGCGGGGGUGCCGUUCCCACGUUUCGCAGAGCCAUCCCGUUUCGGGGGCGAGGAGCGUCCCCCGGCACAGACACGGGCGCUCCUGCCCCUCGGCCUCCGUGGGACAGUUGACCCGCUAGCGCAGAUGAAGCCGCAACGUUCCCGAGAGUCCCGUCUCUUAGAGAUGCGGCAUGAUAUAACUUACAAUCUGAACGUAACAGGUGCUUUUUCCUUACAGCGUGUACAUAUUGGAACAGGCAGGUUCAGAGCUUCCAAGGCAGCAACAAAAGUAGUCUUAAAUGUUCCUGAAACUAGGGUGUCUCCUCUGGAAAAUGGCUUGCAAGUGGCUUCUGAAGACUCUGGACUCUCAACAUGCACAGUUGGACUUUGGAUUGAUGCUGGAAGCAGGUAUGAAAAUGAGAAGAACAAUGGAACGGCUCACUUUCUGGAGCAUAUGGCUUUCAAGGGGACAAAAAAGAGAUCUCAAUUAGACCUUGAACUAGAGAUUGAGAACAUGGGAGCUCACCUGAACGCCUAUACAUCCAGGGAACAAACAGUGUAUUAUGCAAAGGCUUUUUCCAAAGAUUUACCAAGAGCUGUGGAAAUUCUUGCUGAUAUAAUUCAGAACAGUACCCUGGGAGAAGCAGAGAUUGAGCGUGAGCGAGGAGUCAUACUUCGAGAGAUGCAGGAAGUUGAAACCAAUUUACAGGAAGUCGUCUUUGAUUACCUUCACGCUACGGCCUAUCAGAAAACAGCCCUGGGACGAACGAUUUUAGGACCCACUGAGAACAUCAAAUCCAUAAACCGUAAUGACUUGGUGGAGUAUAUAACAACACAUUAUAAAGGACCCAGAAUAGUUCUGGCUGCUGCUGGAGGUGUCUCUCACGAUGAGCUGCUUGAUCUAGCAAAAUCCCAUUUUGGUAACUUGCCGUCUGCUCCGGAGGGAGGACUGCCAGCCCUGCCACCCUGCAGCUUCACAGGGAGCGAGAUUCGUAUAAGAGAUGACAAGAUGCCGUUGGCACACAUUGCAAUAGCUGUCGAAGCAGCUGGCUGGGCUCACCCAGAUACGAUCCCCCUUAUGGUGGCAAAUACUCUGAUAGGUAACUGGGAUCGUUCCUUCGGAGGAGGCGUGCAGAAUUUAUCUAGUAAACUUGCUCAGAUUGCCUGCCACGGUAACCUGUGUCAUAGCUUCCAAUCCUUCAACACCUGCUACACUGACACAGGGUUGUGGGGACUCUAUAUGGUUUGUGAGCCAUCCACUAUACAGGACAUGGUGCACUUUGUUCAGAGGGAAUGGAUAAGACUUUGCACAAGCGUUACAGAAAAUGAAGUGGCUCGAGCCAAAAACCUUCUAAAGACAAAUAUGCUGCUACAACUUGAUGGGUCCACACCAAUAUGUGAAGACAUUGGAAGACAGAUGCUGUGUUAUAAGCGCAGAAUACCAAUUCCAGAACUUGAGGCAAGAAUUGAAGCUAUCGAUGCCCAGACUCUUAGAGAAGUUUGCACAAAGUACAUCUAUGAUAAGCAUCCUGCAAUCGCUGCUGUAGGUCCAGUUGAACAACUUCCAGAGUAUAACAAAAUCUGCAAUGGCAUGUAUUGGCUUCGUGUUUAGUGAAUAAAAAGUUUUCAGUAUGUUAAAGUUUUAAAAACAAACUCACUCCUGUUCAACAGUUUUUGACUUACAGAAGCGCAUUUGAGAAGAUUAAACUCAAACACCACACA